AUGGACAAAGCACUUCCAGCAGAGCAUCGCGAGGAUCCGAGCCAUGAGAAAGUCGUCAUCGCCUCCCCUAGCGACGAGAGCACCCAUUCGCUCGACCAAGUCGAAUAUGAAAGGCGAAACAGGCGCUUCAACCGCCGACUCGAUCUGCGCAUUCUGCCGCUCUGCUGCUGGGUCUACCUCUUGAACUUCCUCGACAGAGGGAAUAUCGGCAACUCCAAAGUCUUGAAUGCAGAGACGGGCGAUGAUCUAUUGCAGCAGACCGGCAUGAAUGCGGAUCAAUAUGCCAUUACCGUCACGCUGUUCAGUCUGGCUUACGCCCUGUUCGAAGUCCCUAGCAACUAUGUCAUGAAACAUUGGGUGCGGCCAAGCUUAUGGCUGGGAUUCCUGCUCUUCGCCUGGGGCGCCUUGACAAUCGGGACUGCCGGCGUGCACAAUUACGCAACAGUCGUGUCACUGAGGUUCCUCAUCGGCGUCUUCGAAGCUGGAUUCUUCCCCGGCAUCGUCUACUUCAUCACCGUGUGGUACCGGUACAACGAGCGUGCCGUGAGGAUCGCCUGUGUCGUCGGAUUCUGUAACCUGGCCGGCGCGUUCGGCGGAGCCAUCGCCUACGGAGUGGGCCACAUGAACGGUGCCGCCGGCCUGCAAGGCUUCCGCUGGCUCUUCAUCAUCGAAGGCAUCAUCACCAUCCUCAGCGCGUUCCUGCUCUUCUUCUUCCUGCCCGACUAUCCUGCCCGCGCGAAGUGGUUGAGCCCCUCGGACAAGCAGUUCGCCGAGGAUCGCCUCAAGCAAGGAGGCGGCGGCUACUUAAGGAGCCACGCCUCGCGACCGGAGGUGCUGCAGACAUUCUUCAGCCCGAGGAUGCUGUGUCACUAUGUCGCAUACAUCGCCGACGUCGUCCCCCAAGGCAGCUUCACCUUCUUCGCGCCCACGAUCAUCAAAGGGCUCGGCUACACGUCGAUCCACGCGCAGCUCCUGACCGUCCCGCCCUGGUGCGUCGGCUUCUGCGUGGCCAUCACCCUCUCCUACUCGGCCGACCACUUCAACGCGCGCGGCCUGCACAUUGCGCUGGCUUCCCUGGCGGGCGCGGCCGGGUGGUUGGGAGCGGGCUGCCUCCCCGCGGACGCCUACGUGAGCCGCUACGGCUGCCUGUGUCUCGCGGCGUGUGGCGCGUUCCCUGUGGCGCCCAGCAUGACGAACUGGGUGGCCUGUAAUACGCCCUCGCUGCUGACGAUCCCGUUCGCGAUCGCGCUGAACAAUUCGUGCGCGGGUAUCGGGCAGAUCAUUGCACAGUGGAUCUGGAAGGCGGGGGAGGCCGAGAGCGGGUAUCCGACGGGGAAUUUCACCUGUGCGGCGUGUGGCUUCUUCGUGGCGGCCACGUCGUUGGGGUUGAGGUGGCAGUAUGGGAGGAUGAAUAGGAUGGGGGUGAGAGAUGCUGGGGGGAAGGAGAGGGUUUGGGCUUUGUGA